AUGUCCGGUCAGCAAUCGCGGCAAAGUGGGUUUGCGGAGCAGCGGCAACGGGAAGAGGAGAAUAGGCAGCGCUUUGAAAUGCUGUCGCGCUUGCAGCUGCAGCAGCAGCAGGAGCAUCAGCAGCAGCAGCAGCAGCAGCAACAGCGGCAGCAGCAGCGGCAGCAGCAGCAUCAAGAACAGCAGCAGCACCACCACGAGCAGCAGCAGCAGCGGGAGCAACAGCAUAAUGAUUCCCCCCCAUCACCGUCCAUUUCCCCAUUUCCUUGUUCUUCCCCGUCGCACACGCCACAAGAAUCAACCAAUAACAUUGCGCCACGUGUCUCGGCCCAGUCUCCGCUGCUUGAGCUCGCAUGCGCCUGUCCGCAUCCCCUUGCGCAUGCGUCAGCAAGGGCGCAGCAGCCGCCCGUUGCAGCAGAGGAGGCUGUAGCGGGGCAGUUUGUAGCGGGACAGGCUGUCGCGGGGCAGGCUGCGGCGGGACAGCUUGUAACGGGGCAGCUUAUAGUGGGGGAGAGAGAGGUCCUUGCGACCAGCGCAGUUGGCAGGGGGGUAGAGGGAAGCGCGGAGGGCACUUGGGGGAGGGCGGGUGGCGCUGGGGGGAAUGCGCACUGCGUAGGCGCGAAUGGGGGGGGUGCGGGGGGGCGAGACGAGGGCGCGCGGUUCUGGGAGAGCUAUGUGGCGGAAAGGGCAGUGGCGGCGGGGGAGAUGGCGCAGCGGAAUUGGGGGGAGGAGGGGAGGGGGUGGCUCGUGGUGACAGUGGAGCAAAACAAGGCUCGUGGUGAUGGUGGAGCGAUACAAGGUAGCAGUCGACUGCUUCUUUGCAGUUCAGCUCGUGGUGAUAGUGGACUGCCUCAUUGUGAUGGUGGAACGCUACAAGGUGGCAGUAGACUGUUUCUUGCUGUUCAGUCAGCCCGGUGCUCACACAUUGCCACUCCUCUCUUCCCUCUCCCUCACCGAACCCCAGGCUCAUUGCUUGUGGUGAUGGUGGAGCGAUACAAGGUCGCAGUGGACUGCUUCUUUGCAGUCUGGUUUGUGCUCGGCAACAUCUGGGUCUUUGGUGCCAACUCCGCCGCCCAGGCCGCUCCGAUGCUGUACAAUCUGAGCGUGGUGUUUCUGACGCUCAGCUGCGUGAGCUACGCCAUGCCCUUCCUCCUCUGCGCCACCAUCUGCUGCUGCCUGCCCUGCAUCAUCACGCUCAUGGGCUUUGAUAACGAUAUCGCCUCCAUUUCUCCAGCUUCUAAGGGUGCUGCUCCUGAUGAGAUUGCCUCACUGCACUGCUUUAACCUACAGCAGUGCCAGCAGCAGCAGCAGCAGCAGCAGCAGCAGCAGCAGCAGCAGCAGCAGCAGCAGCAGCAGCAGCAGCAGCAGCAGCAGCAGCAGCAGCAGCAGCAGCAGCAGCAGCAGCAGCAGCAGCAGCAGCAGAAGGGGCAGGAGCAUGGUAGUUGUUGUUCUCUUGAGGUGGGGCUGCUGUGGGCCGGCACAGAGAAGGAGCGCGUGGUGCAAGGGGAGGAUGCGGGGGAGGGUGUGAGGCAAGUUGAUCAACAACACCCAACCCCCUUCCUCCCCCCCCUUCCCAUCUUCCUCCCCGCCCACUCCCUCCCCCCCGCCCACUCCCUCUCCCCUCCCCCCCCCCCCCCCCCGCCCCACCCCGCCCCCCUCUUCCACCCCUUCCCUCCCAACUUCUCACCCCCGUUACAUGGUUACCAGGUGUGCUGCAUCUGCCUGGGGCACUACAAGGACGGGACGGAGCUGCGACAGCUGCCCUGCAGCCACCACUUCCACCAAUCCUGUGUUGACACCUGGCUGCGCAUCAACGCCAGCUGUCCGCUCUGCAAGGUCGACAUCAGUGCGCGGCCCAAGGAGGCUGUGGAUCCUGGUGAGGAUUUGAUCUGA